CUCGCACAGACAGCUAGCAGUGCUCCACCAUCUGAAAAGGAGGUGAACGUGCUAGAGAGUGUACCAUUGGGCAAGGAAUUGGGGCAGGAGCCAAUCGUAAGGAGCUCGAGGUGGAGCGAUAGGUUUUAAAUAGGUGUGCAAAAGGCAAGCGUAACGAGGUGUACCGAGGUUGAGGAUAGGGGAUCCAUAGGAGAAUACAUCUCUCCUUGGGAAAAUUAAAUUUGGAAUCGACCGAUUUGGGUAGGUUCUAGCGCAAGACAACUUGCUAGGUUCACGCUCUCGCCUGGAGUGCUUUGCCUCUACACUUACGACCGAUUUUACCUUUCUCCGUAUCUAUCAUUCGUUUCUCCGAUCUUCGUAAGAUAGAGAGCCUUUUGGAAAAAACGAAUUAGCAACGUUCGCAACUUGGAGAUAAACUGGCUUUAGAGGAGAGAAAGAGAAAGAAUACUUCUUCGUUAAGAUACGACGAUUCUCGAGGAGAGCGACCGCUUUUGAUAUAAGAGCGAGCGGCACGAGGCACAAAGUUUAUAACUGACGUCUCAGUCGGCUCUGAGCCAGUGCCUCAGCGAGUACGCUUCGGAAGGAAAGUCUCCGUUCAUCGGGGAUUUGCUCCGAGAGCAAAAGUAGAAGUCGCGCGCGAGCGCGCGCGUGAAUCGACUCGGUUCACCGAUCGUCGUAUUAUUAUCGCCAAGUGGAAGAAAAGGGAAUAAAGAAGAAGAGAAUCGGUGGAAGGAGAAGAAGAAGAUACGAGAAUUAUUUGGAGACGUUCAGUUAUGGGGUUCCGUCGAGACUUACACACGGUCCUAAGACUAGCGGCUUUUCUAGCCUGUCUCAGUCCAAUGGCCACGGUACGCAUCUCGCAGUCCAGCGCAAAUAGGAAGAAUGAAGAAACGUUGGAUCAAUCGGCGUCCUCGUCCUUUUGGAGUCCCACCAUAAAAUCGCAAAAUAUAUUCCCAACGGACACGUCGGAUUUCUUUUCUUCCGGUAGUGGAUUGCUUAACGGGAAUCCUACAGCGAACGUUUUCCGAAGCGGAUUCGGUGGAAUAGAUAAUCUAGGGAGUCGUGGUAUUACGGUAAGACCACCGAGAACGAGACCUCUCGAUUACAGCGAGAGAUCCACCGCGGAAUUACGUAAAAAUCCUUCUCUUUCCUCUCCGGACGAGUGCGCUCGUGCCUGUCGCGAGAACGAACCACCGAGGAUAUGCUACUACCAUUUCACCCUCGAAUACUAUACCGUACUUGGCGCGGCCUGCCAAAUAUGCACGCCGAACGCGACGAACGUUGUCUGGAGCGAGUGUCAGUGCGUUCUUGCCGACGGCGUUGAACGUAGUAUCUUAACCGCCAACAGAAUGGUACCAGGACCUAGUAUACAAGUUUGUCAGGGUGACAAAGUGGUAGUCGACGUCGAGAAUCACAUGGAAGGUAUGGAAGUUACUAUCCAUUGGCAUGGUGUCUUUCAGAAGGGUUCACAGUAUUACGACGGCGUACCAUUUGUGACCCAAUGCCCUAUACAAGAGGGUAGUACGUUUAGGUACCAAUGGAUCGCUGGCAACGAGGGCACACAUUUCUGGCAUGCCCAUACCGGACUACAAAAGAUGGACGGACUUUAUGGAAGUAUAGUCAUUCGGCAGCCUCCCAGUAAAGAUCCCAACAGCAAUCUCUACGAUUACGAUUUGACCACUCACGUUUUAUUGAUGAGCGAUUGGUUUCAUGAAAAUGCGGCCGAACGAUUCCCAGGGCGUCUAGCCGUUAAUACCGGUCAGGCACCUGAAAGUGUUCUCAUCAAUGGAAAGGGACAAUUUCGCGAUCCAAAUACCGGUUUCAUGACUAACACGCCGCUCGAAGUUUUCACGAUAACGCCUGGACGCCGUUAUCGUUUCCGACUUAUCAAUUCCUACGGAUCCGUUUGUCCGGCACAAAUCACGUUCGAGGGUCACUCGUUGACCGUCAUCGCUACCGAUGGGGAACCCGUUCAUCCCGUUACAGUGAACACCAUCAUAUCCUUUUCCGGCGAACGUUAUGACUUUGUGAUAAAUGCUGACCAAACGGUCGGAGCAUACUGGAUACAAGUGCGAUCCCUAGGUGAAUGCGGUAUACCGCGUGCCCAACAGCUGGCUAUAUUGCGUUACGCGCGUGGCCCUUACCAACCUACUACUACGCCACCUACGUACGAUUAUGGUCUUCCGCAGGGUGUCGUAUUGAAUCCACUCGAUGCCAUUUGCAAUCGUCCAAGGGAAGACGCGAUUUGUGUGAGUCAAUUGAAGAAUGCUCGUCACGUCGACGAAGGAAUUCUUCAACAACGCCCAGACGUAAAGAUAUUCUUGCCAUUCCGUUUUCUCUUUUACAGACCGGAAGAGGUCUUUCAACCUCAAACCUACAAUCGUUUCUUAGUCGCGCCAACCGGGGAUCACGUAAUUUCCCUCGUCGACGAGAUCUCCUUUACGUUUCCACCAGCGCCGCUGCUUUCGCAGAUCGACGAUAUCCCACCUGAACAAUUCUGCAACGGGGAUAAUAGGCCGGCCGAUUGCGGUGCGAACUGCAUGUGCACGCAUCAAGUUGACAUACCUUACAACGCGAUCGUCGAAGUCGUACUCGUAGACGAGGUACAACAACCGAAUUUGUCGCAUCCGUUCCAUUUGCACGGAUACGCUUUCAAUGUGAUCGGUAUCGGACGUUCUCCCGAUAAAAACGUGAAGAAGAUCAACUUGAAACACGCUUUGGAUCUCGACAAGAGAGGAUUGCUUCACAGACAAUUUAAUCUGCCGCCGGCCAAGGAUACGAUAGCUGUUCCGAACAACGGCUACGUUAUUUUCAGAUUUCGUGCUGACAAUCCAGGAUAUUGGCUCUUCCAUUGUCAUUUCCUCUUCCACAUAUUGAUCGGUAUGGACCUGAUUUUACACGUAGGCACGCACGCGGAUCUUCCACCGAUACCACCUAAUUUCCCCGUUUGUGGUAAUCACUUGCCUCCUAUAACACCGCCAGUACAGAUAGACAGCAUAUAUCAUUGAACGUUCGGCAAUAGGAAAAACACUAAAAACACUGAGAAAAGGUCCAAAGCGUAAGCGAUAUUUGUAGUAUAUUUCUGUAAAGUACGUUUCUCUCUCUUCUUUUUCUUUUUCUUUUCUUUUUCUCCUAUUUGUUUAAUUUCUUUAUAAUCGGUGGGGUCGUUCGGUAAUAGUCCAAUUAGUUUAAUGUUCUUGAUCGAUCCAAAAGACCGAAUUGACCCAAUCGACGAUCGUACUCGAUCACAAUAUAAUGGUCUUUUAGGCUAGAAGCGUACCUUCGUUCCGAGCUCUAUAUCUCGAUGUUGAGUCUUGGGUGCGAAGUACUUAGGUCGAGUUCCACUCUACUACGAUAUACUUCAAGUUUUGUAAAUAAUUGUAGAAAUAGUCAUUAAAUUUUAAACAAGAAUUGGGAGCAACGGUGAAGUAGUAGUGGUUUAUAGGUCAGCGUUAGGGAGAGAGAGAGAGAGAGAGAGAGAGAAGAUACUAAAUGGGUCAUACGCAUUGAUUCUCGAUCUCGCGUGAAUUCUUUAUUUGAUAACGAACGACUCGCAUAACCAUCGAUGGAUCAUAAUAGCGCUUAUUGAUUUAGUUAGGGGAAAUAAAUUCGCGCUCGCACGUUUAUCAACUUGCGGUAUUACGUAUGCGUCUUCUAGCUUG